AGGAGAAAGAUAUAGUCUGUUAAUUAAUUAGUAGUCGCUUUGAAAUCAUCGAAUUAAGUUGCUUAAUUAAUUAAUUACUCAAUUCGGAGGAGAAUGUCUUCACGCGAAAUCACAAUGAUGGAAAUAGGUGAGAGUUCGACAGGCGACAGAACCUGGGGACUCUGUACUUCAUCCGAGACCGAUCAGCUCAUUCAAAAGGUGAUUGCUGAAUUCAUUGGGACAUUCUUCUUGAUAUUUGCUGGGUGUGGUUCGGUUGCUGUCAAUAAGAUAUACGGUUCAGUAUCAUUUCCAGGGAUUUGUAUAGUUUGGGGUUUGAUAGUAAUGGUCAUGGUUUAUUCUGUUGGUCAUAUCUCCGGCGCCCACUUUAAUCCGGCAGUGACUCUCACUUUUGCAAUCUAUAGGCAUUUCCCUCUCAAACAGGUGCCUCUGUAUGUCAUAGCGCAGAUAUUAGGUUCAAUUCUUGCUAGUGCCACGUUAUGCGCUGUUUUUCCAGUCGACAAGAAGUCUUUCUUUGGAACAGUACCUGUUGGAUCCAAUAGUCAGGCUCUUCUCAUCGAGAUCAUCAUCUCCUUUCUUUUGAUGUUUGUUAUUUCCGGCGUUUCCACAGAUAAUAGAGCUAUUGGAGAAUUGGCAGGGAUUGCUGUGGGAAUGACAAUAACCUUAAACGUCUUCGUCGCCGGGCCAGUAAGUGGUGCAUCGAUGAACCCAGCCAGGAGCAUAGGGCCAGCUCUGCAAGUGCACAUAUACAAGGGACUGUGGGUUUAUCUUGUAGGGCCACCCGUAGGAACCAUACUUGGUGGCUUAGCCUAUAACCUCAUUAGAUUCACCGACAAACCCCUCCGGGAGAUAACCAAGAGUGGAUCCUUUCUCCGGAGCAUGCCCCGAUAAUUCCUGCAUCAUCAUGUGCUGGCUAGCUUGUGCUCCCUACAAAUUAUAUAUAUAUAUAUAUAUAUAUAUAUAUCUUCACACUGCAUGCAGCGUUUAAUUACAACGUCGCCUAGCUAGCUUGUUUGACAUGAUGCCACUAUCAAUCCUAGUAUAUACCAUGUAUAUAUAUAGCUUGUAUUAAUUAGGUUGGAGGAGGUAAAGACAAACUUGAACAUGCAUCGACAUUACCUUUUUUUAUAUUUAAUUGAUGAACAAAAGGUAGAGAAGUUGGUCGAUCGUUUCAAA